GCUAAAGCAAAAACAAGAAGCAGGGAAAUCCAGAUGAACGGUGAACAGACAAGGUUGACAUUUUGAACAAAACGGCUGUGCUGAGACCAUGGGCUGCAGAGUUGCCUUACUGGACAUCGCUUAAUAAAGUGAAAGAGAUCUGAGAAGGAAAAGGUAUCUUCUAGUCCAGUGCUGUAGCGACUCCAGACGAACCAUGUGAUCGUUAGAGCAUCCGAUGUAGCUGUCAUGAGGUACGUCCACAACCGAACCCGGCGGAAAGCUCAGCUCAGCAAGGACCCGUUGACAACCGCUGGCCUUUGACACAGGAUCCUCUCCGUGACUCUCGUAACAACCGCUCUCCCCUAGUGGGCACACAGACCUCUGCCAUCACCACAGUGUCUCCUCACAGAGUGGACCUUCAUCCUACACCACACUCCUCAUCCUCCCACAGAGUCGGCUAGAUAGGAGGUUAAUUUACAAAUGUCUACCUCACGAUUAAAAGGCCCCUCUCCACCACUGCGACCCUGAACAGGCUACAAGAUGACUUCCAGCAUAGGCGGGGAUGACGCAAGCAGUAUCUUUGAUGGAUUAAUGGAAGAAGAUGAAAAGGACAAAGCCAAACGAGUAUCCCGUAACAAGUCUGAGAAGAAGCGCAGAGACCAGUUCAAUGUCCUCAUCAAGGAGCUGGCUACCAUGUUGCCAGGCAACACUCGGAAGAUGGACAAGUCUACCAUCUUACAGAAGAGCAUCGAUUUCCUGCGCAAACAUAAAGAAAUCGCUGCGCAGUCGGAGUCGAGCGAGAUCCGACAGGACUGGAAACCUCCUUUUCUUAGUAAUGAAGAGUUCACACAGCUGAUGCUGGAGGCGUUAGACGGCUUCUUCCUAGCAAUUAUGACUGAUGGGAACAUAAUCUAUGUCUCAGAGAGUGUUACAUCUUUACUGGAACAUCUUCCUUCUGACCUGGUGGAUCAGAACCUAUUGAACUUCCUGCCCCUGGGGGAACAUUCAGACGUGUAUAAAGCCCUGUCGUCUCACAUACUGGAGGGCGAGACGCUAACGCCUGAGUAUCUCAAGACUAAAAACCAGUUAGAAUUCUGUUGCCACAUGCUCAGAGGGACGAUUGACCCUAAAGCGCCUCCUGUGUACGAGUACGUCAAGUUCAUCGGAAACUUCAAGGCCCUGAAUAAUGUGCCUAACUCAUCUCGAAACGGCUUGGAAGGGGUGAUCCAGCGUUCACUCCGGCCCGCUUUUGAGGACCGAGUCUGUUUCAUAGCAACUGUGAGAUUAGCUAAACCACAGUUUAUUAAGGAGAUCUGCACUGUGGAAGAACCCAAUGAAGAAUUCACCUCCAGACACAGCUUAGAAUGGAAGUUCCUCUUCUUGGACCACAGGGCUCCACCCAUAAUAGGUUACCUGCCGUUUGAGGUUCUGGGCACAUCUGGAUAUGACUACUACCACGUGGAUGAUCUGGAGUCACUGGCCAAAUGCCACGAACACUUAAUGCAGUAUGGGAAGGGGAAGUCGUGCUACUACAGGUUCCUGACCAAGGGUCAGCAGUGGAUCUGGCUCCAGACUCAUUACUACAUCACCUACCACCAGUGGAACUCAAGGCCCGAGUUCAUCGUCUGCACGCACACUGUCGUCAGCUAUGCUGAGGUAAGGGCUGAACAGCGCAGGGAGCUGGGGAUUGUUGAGUCGCCGCCGCCAGAAAUCUUUGCGGUAGAUAAGGACUCUGGUUCUGAGUCUCAACACCAGCUCAACACCUCCAGCCUGAAGGAGGCCCUGGAGCGAUUUGACCGCAGCCGCACGCCCUCCACCUCCUCACGCAGCUCCCGCAAGUCCUCGUCCCACACCGCCGUCUCCAAUCCAGCCUCACCUAAGCUAAAGACAGACAGGGGUACACCAGGAUGCCAGUCCGUCUCUGCUAUUGAGAUGACAUCACAGCGAAGGUCGUCCGUCAGCAGUCAGCAAUCAAUGAGCUCCCAGCACACCCAGAAUACAGGGCAGAACAUGGCCCCGUCCAUUGUUUUACAACAACAACAACAUCAUCAACAGCAACAGCAGAGGCAGCAGCAACCACAACCACAACGGCAACAGCAGCAACCACCACCACAACAGCAGCAACCACCACCACAACAGCAGCAACCACAACAGCAGCAACCACCACCACAACAGCAGCAACCACAACAGCAGCAACCACCACCACAACAGCAGCAACCACAACAGCAGCAACCACCACCACAACAGCAGCAACCACCACAACAGCAGCAACCACCACCACAAGAGCAGCAACCGCCACAACAGCAGCAGCUGCAGAUCCAGCCUAGUGUCCAGCCCAUGGUACAGUUCUCCACCCAGCUGGAUGCCAUGCAGCACCUGAAGGAUCAGCUGGAGCAGAGGACCAGGAGGAUUGAGGCCAACAUCCAGAGGCAGCAGCAAGAGCUCAGGCAGAUCCAGGAGGAGCUCCAGAAGGUGCAGGGCCAGGGCCUACAGAUGUUCCUCCAACAGGGUGCAGGUGGGCUGAGCCUGAGCUCUGUGCAGCUGGCCCAGGGGACCACCAUGCAGCCAGGUGGCGCUCUCAACAUGCAGGGUCAGGUGGUGUCUGCAGGCAACCUGCAGGGCAGUACUCAGCAGCAGCAUACGGUUCAACGGCAACCUCAGCAGCAGGCCCAGCCUCAACAACAGACCCUGCUACAAGACACCAGCUCUGUCCUCUCACCAUCUUCUGUGAGGUCGACUCACUCUCUGCCGACCCAGCAGAGUGCCCUGCCGGCCUCCCUCUACAACACCAUGAUGAUCUCUCAGCCCAACCAGGCCAAUGUGGUCCAGAUAGCCAACAGCCUGGCCCAGAACAGCAGCAACAACACUGCUACUGUGGCAACCUUUGCCCAGGACCGCUCGGGACAGAUCAGGUUCCCAGCUGGCUCUCAGUUGCUGACUAAGCUGGUGACUGGUCCGAUGGCGUGUGGAGCGGUCAUGGUCCCUACGACCAUGUUCAUGGGCCAGGUGGUGACAGCGUUCGCUCCUCAGCAGGGCCAGACUCAGACAAUCAGCAUCGCCCAGCAGCAGCCUCAGCAGCAGGAGCAGCAGACGCAGGCGCAGUCUCAGGCCUUAGCCACACAGCAUGGACAGGCCCAGCAACAAGCCCAGUUCCUCCAGGGCCCUCGGCUGCUCCAUGGAAACCAGUCCACUCAGUUGAUCCUGCAGGCGGCGUUCCCACUGCAGCAUCAAGGCGCUUUCGCCACCACGCAACUGCAGCAGCAGCAGCAACAACAACAACAGCUACAACAGCAACAUCAGCAGCAGCAGCAACAGCUCCAGCAGCAGCAACAACAACAGCAACAGCAACUCCAACAACAGCAGCAGCAGCAACAGGAGCAGCAGCUGGCCUCUCACAGGGCAGGUAGCAUGUCAGGCCGCUCCAGCACACAGCCCCAGUAACCUGGCAACAGCCAAUUAGACAUGUGGACUAAACCAAGACAAGGUCUGUGUGUUUGUCUGAGGGGGGUGAAGAGGUAUAGUGGAUGGAUGGAUCAAUAGAACUUGGGAAUGAUUGGCGCUUCAGAGAGAAAACAAUGCUGUGCUGACAGUGAGCACAGGGUCGCUCUGCCUCACGGCCAUGCUCAGAACUCUUACCUCACAGAGACCUCCACUCUGUCCAGGUCCCCUCACCACGGUGACAGGAGGAGGAAACCCUGGUCCCACCAGUGUUUGUCCCCUCCCCUGUCCUCGUCUUGUGUGUUCAGUGUGUGCUCCGGUCACCCUCACAGGAUUCAUUUAUGCAGGAUGAUCCAGUCGACACACUGGAGCUUCAAACCAGGCUUCAAAGAAGUACUACGGAACAGAGAGCAGACAGAUUCCUCGUGUGUAUUGUUUUUCCUCCUAUUUUUGUUUUUCAUGUGAAAGUAAUUAUGGGUCAGAAAAUAUUUUUAAGAAUGUCAUGUGGAUUGUACUUUUAUUGUACAGAACACAUGUAAAAUAAUAUGUAAAUAUAUGGACAAAAAGAUAACUAAUAUUUUAUAUGAUGCAUGAAAUGAAAAGCGUAGUCUGUUAUUUGUAGCUUUGAAUAUAUAUAUUUUUAUCUAGUACUCUAUGAAAGAAAGAACCUAACACGCUUAAUGGCAGAUCUUUUCAC